CUUCGUACCCCUUGGAGGAAGAUGAGUAACCCGCAGCCAGGAUUGCUAAAUCAUGGCAACAUUCAUGGAACGACUGGCUUUUCUUCAGAAAGUCCCAACUCUGAUGAAGGCUACAGCAGAUGAUGAAAACCCCUGUCCUGGCUACCUUUUCCAAGAAAUUGGAAAAAUCUCCCAUGAGUCUUCAGGGUGCGGUCAGUGUUUAUUGGAGUACCUUUUGGAGAGGCUGCAGGUGGAGUCCUGUCAUGUCAAACUCAAGGUGCUGAAGAUUUUUGUGCAUCUCUGCGGUCAUGGUUCGAACCACUUCCUCACAGAACUCAGAAGGAACUCCACCUUCAUUCAGCAGGCAUCAGUGUACAGCGGCCCUCCUGAUCCCAUCCAUGGCACAGCUUUGUACCAGAAAGUGAGAAAUACAGCACAGGAGGUGGCCAGACUGCUUUUCACAGAUACACUUUCAAACAAAAGUGAUGCACCCAUGCUCAACCUAGCUCCUCCAACAAUAGGUAUGGGCUCAGGAACGUCCCACUGGUCAGGUAUGCAGGGCUUUGGAUACAGUCCAGGGAAGCAGGGGGCAGCAGGAAGUGACACACUGCUGGAUAAGAUCCAGAAAGCAGCAGAGGUCGUGGCCAGCGCUGUGCUUCCUCCCACUGAACACCAGGGCAUCCGUCUCCAUGAAAACCAUUACCGAGCUGUGGUUGCGCCCUCUGCCCCCAUCGAGGUGGCUGUGCCUGCAUGUGCCUACAACCUGCCUGCUCGCAGACCAAAAGGGGUCACCCAGAGGUGCCCAGGGCAGGUUGGAGGAGGCUGGGAGGAGACAGACAGCGGCACCAGCUCCUCUCACAACUCCUCUCAGGAUAUCGCAGCGAACAGCAGAACCUCUGUGGGCAGCAAGUCAGCCGGUACAGGGAGCCAAUCAGGGGCCAGCAGAGAGAGCAGUGGGGACCUAUCAGAACGGGUGGAGGCGUUGCAGUUAGGGGAUUGUGGCCAGGAGAUGGCGCUCAUCAACAGACUGACUGAUGGAUCCAGAGUUUUCUUGUCCAGAGAGGAAAGCCAGCACUUUAUCAAAGAGUGCUCCAUUCUUAACUGUGAGGUGGUGGUAGAGCUGCUCUCCAGCAAGCUUCAAGAUCCUUCAAACACCGUCAAGAUGCGUGCCAUGUGUGCUCUGUCGUGCCUCAUGACGUCUGAUCUCCUCUCUUUGGAGCAAAUGUUUGGAGCGACUCAACGAAGGCUCCGUCAGCUGAGCGAGGGGCCUCCGGGACCUGUAGCCAACAAAGCCACAAAGAUCCUGCGCCAGUUUGAGGCUCUCAUGGGUGGAUGUCUACAUGCUCCCAGACAGGACACGACUAACAGCGGCCACCAGUCAACAACCAAUCAGCUUCCAACAUUGACAUACUCUGAUCCUUUAUUACCGUCACAUUCUGCUGGCAGAACCAAUCUCAACCACUGUCAGCCUGAAAUCUCCCCGCCAGCUGUCACCAAACCGCCAAGUCGCCCAUCCUCUCCAUCUGAUCUUUCCUCUGAGCAGAGAGACUCCUCAGUGGAGAUUAAAGAUGUUGAUGAUGCAGAGUUUGUUCAAAACCAGGUGGAGCCGCUCAGGACUGCUGAAGAGGAAAUAGUCGCUGAAGAAUCAGAAUUGGACCCAGACAGGAGCUCUCCUCCUCCACCUGAGCCCCACAGACUGUCUCUGUUCAGUGGUAUGGAGCUGGUGACAAAGACGAGGCCAGUGUGUGAAAGAGAAACGUCCCAGACAGAGACGACGAUAUACGAUAGUUUAACAGAGAAUCUGUCAGAGCGUGACAGUAUGAGUGCUGACGCUCCUGCUGUUUGUAAUUCAGUAGCACCUGAUAGCAGCCAGCCAGUGUCUGCCUUCUCUUUUCUCAACUUUUGACCAACGUUUUACAGCUGGGACUGUAAUCCAAUGAUGUCAUCACGUAUAUACUAUCAGAAAUCGUAUUUAUUUUUAAAACCAAGGCUAAAUCUGUACGAUUUUAACAAUACAAACAGGAGAAAAUGUUGACUUGGUGUUCUGUUUUAGUCUACAACCCCAUUUUCUUAAAAGGUGGGACGUUGUAUAAAUUGUUAAAAACAAGCAGUAAUGAUUUCUAAAUAUUGACGUACAUAUCGCUGGCAAUGGGCUAAAACCUCGUAUCUCCAAAAUCACCACUUUUCAGGAAAUGAAAAAAAGAAAAAAAAAAAAACGCAAAAAUAAAAUGCAAAGGGUGACCAAUAGGACUGAUUUACUGGAAAAAAUUAAACCCAUGAAGAAUGGAGAUACAAGGUUUUGGCCUGACUCCAGUGAUAUUUAACUGAAAAUUGCACAAAAGCAAUAUAUCAAAUGUUUGAAAAUGAGUGGAUUCAUUGUUUUUGGAACAAUAUGCCCACUAUUAAUUUUAUGCCAGCAGAAUUUUUCAAAAAACUUGGGACAGGGUCAUGUUUACCACCCUGUGGUAUCACAUCCUCUUUUAACAACUGUCUGUUAGAAUUGGAUUACUUAGGACAUGUUUUCUCAUUUUUGCUUGAUGUAGGAUUUCAGUUGUCCAAAGUCUGGUGUCUCCUUUGUUGUAGUCAAGAUGGUGGCUGAUGUGUGGAGUUUGGUUUGGCAUUGUCUUACUUUAAAUCAAGGCCUUCCCUUCAAAAUAAGCAAUCAAUUUGGCAGCAUAUGUUGCUGUAAAUAUUCUUCAGUAUUCAUUUAGCCUUCACAGUUGUGCAGGUGACCAUAUUGCUUGCACCAGCCCAAACCUCGAAUCUCCAAACUCACAACUUUUUAGGGAAAAAAAUAACAGUAUUUUUCAAAUAACUGAACAAUGAAUGGUCGUAGUAAGCAUCUUUUAACACAUUUUAUUGCUUUAAAAUUGGUUAAAAUUCACGUAAAGAUGUAAAGGUGACCAAUAGCACUGAUUUAUAACCUGACAUGCCAGAUGGAUUUGUUUCAUACAUCCAUCU